AUGUUUUAUAAGACUGUUUCUGAUAAAAAAUGCACACCCUCUCCUUUACGCAAAUGUUCCUAAUAUCACAUUCCAAACACAUACUUUUCAACUUUGAAGCAACCCCCAGAAAGAACAUUCGAACCCAUAGAGAAACAGAAAACAUUAACUGAUGAGUAACAAGAAAUCUAAAAGUUGCAUUAACUUAUUGAGUAAUUGAAAGACGAAAAUUCUAAAUUACGUUCUGCUGUACAAUAGUAACAACUAUAAUUUUAAUAUGAAACUCAACAGUUAAAUUAGCUAAUAGCAAAUAUGCAAUAAGAAUAACAAUCCCUUAAAUAGUCUUUGAUAGAUCGAACAUACCAAAAUAAUAAGAUGGUCUAAUAUAUCGAGGAAUUGUCAAGUUAACAUAAAAAUCUCCAAUUUCAAUAUUAAGAUGCUUACCUAUAAUUGUAAUAGGCGGAGAUCUAUUCCAACUAAAUAAUGUUGCUCUAGAAAGAAUUGAAAGGGAAAGAAGAUGAAAUUGAAAUACUAAAAAAUGAACUUCUAAUUCCAACUAAAACCAAUACUGAAUAGUCAGAAAAUCAAUUAAUUUUUGACUUUCUUAAAAAUGUUAAACAAUAAUACACUGAUGAUGAAUGUAGAUCAUUGCAUUUAUAUGAAUGA